UCAUAAUGACCUAGUUAUAAAAAAGUAACAAUAAUUUAGCUUUAAUGUUUACUCACCAUAACAGAAGCACUCUUACUUCUGUUCUCUUCAGGUGUUGUCAGAAUCCCUGUCCCCAAGCCCUCCUCAGGAAAUUAGACUCAAGCUGAACAGUAGCUUUGGGGGCUGUCACCGUGGGAAAAGUCAGGCCAUGGAUGGUGGGGGAGAACCUUGCAGCCUGGAAUGAUAAAAUGGAUGCAGUUGUACAAGUGAGUUUGUUUAUCCUUGGAUGGGGGAAGGAAAUGCGGAAGAAAAGAGUGAUGUAUCAGCAGUUGUUCCAAGUUAAAACGAAAGAGAAAGAUGACUGUCAAAGAAUUUAUGACUAUGAUAAUCGAGGGUUACUACAAGAUAUUGAAAAUCAGACAGUGAAAAUCUUGGAAGACCUCAAAGAAAAGGGAUGGCUUUAAUAUCAAGAGAUGGAAGGGGUAGGACAUCCCAGGGAAAGAGAACAGCACAAAGAAAGCGGACAGGAAAAUGUAGAACAAUGAAUAGGUCAGUGGAAGUACAGGUUGGGGUCAAGGGUGAGACUGUACAGAGGCUGAGGAAAGGUCAUGCAGGUUCUUGAGCCUCAGGCGAGAGGAUCUGAAUCACUCUGAAUAAUGUGCUUAAGGUGCAGGUCAGCAGCUUUUCUGUAACAAUCUGGAUAGCAAAUAUGUUAGACUUUGCAAGUUAAGAGGCAAAAUCACGGGUAUUAUGUAAGAACUUACACAACGAGAGAGAAAACAAAUUUCCAUAAUGAAAUUCAAAAUAUAACAACAAUAAUAAUUACUUUGUUGUCAUAUAGGCCUACCAUAUGAACUUCUUUGGGGGGACACAUUUUACUUAAUCGAAGUUCAAAGUUAGCAUGCCGUAUAAACAAAUGCAUUAUCGAUGUUCACUUGUUAAUAAACCAUGCUUAAUUAACAAACUGUAUAAAAACAGGCAGCUGGCUUUUA